CCCUGGCCCUGGCCCUGGCCCUGGGCAGCCGCCUCCGCGCCGGCGCCCAGGUGGAUGCUGAUGGCACCAUUACCAUGGAGGAGCAGAUUGUUCUGGUCCUGAAAGCUAAAGUACAAUGUGAGCAGAACAUCACAACCCAGCUGCAGGAGGGAGAGGGAAGCUGUCUUCCAGAAUGGGAUGGACUCAUAUGUUGGCCCAGAGGGACCGUGGGACAUAUGGUGGCUGUCCCCUGCCCUGCCUAUAUCUAUGACUUCAAUCACAAAGGAUUUGCCUUUAGGCACUGCACUCCAAAUGGAUCAUGGGAUUUUAUGCCAGGUUUAAAUAAAACCUGGGCCAAUUAUUCAGACUGCCUUCACUUAGUCCAGCCGGAAAUCAGCACCAAAAAGAAGGAGUUCUUAGAACGGCUCUCCAUCAUGUAUACAAUUGGAUAUUCCAUCUCCUUCAGUUCUUUGGCAGUGGCUAUUUUCAUCAUUGGCUAUUUCCGGAGGCUGCACUGCACCAGGAACUACAUUCACAUGCACCUCUUCGUCUCAUUCAUGCUAAGAGCUGCAAGCAUCUUUCUCAAAGAUCGAGUGGUGCAGGCUUACAUUGGUGUGAAAGAAGGAGAGUCUUUGCAUAUGAGCGAUCUUCAGAGUUCAGCAGUGGUGCCUUCCCAGGACCCAUUUCACUAUGUGGGCUGCAAGGUGGCGGUGGUACUGUUCAUUUACUUCCUGGCCACAAACUACUAUUGGAUCCUGGUGGAAGGCCUGUAUCUGCACAGUCUCAUCUUUGUGGCUUUCUUUUCGGACACCAAGUACCUCUGGGGCUUCACCAUGGUCGGCUGGGGGUUCCCAGCGGUGUUUGUGGUGGCUUGGGCAGCAGUUCGAGCAACGCUGGCAGAUGGCAGGUGCUGGGAGCUCAGUGCUGGAGAUGUCAAGUGGAUUUAUCAAGCACCGAUUUUGGCAGCCAUUGGGCUCAACUUCAUUCUCUUCCUCAACACGGUGCGAGUCCUGGCCACUAAAAUUUGGGAGACCAAUGCAGUUGGAUAUGAUACAAGGAAGCAAUACCGGAAGUUGGCCAAGUCAACCUUGGUCCUGGUGUUGGUCUUCGGCGUGCACUACAUUGUGUUUGUAUGUCUGCCCCAUAACCUCUCGGGCCUUGGGUGGGAGAUACGCCUGCACUGUGAACUCUUCUUCAACUCCUUUCAGGGUUUCUUUGUUUCUAUCAUCUAUUGUUACUGCAACGGAGAGGUUCAGGCGGAGAUCAAGAAAACUUGGAGCAGGUGGAACGUGGCUGUGGACUGGAAGAGGACGACUCCAUGUGGCAGUUAUAGAUAUGGCUCCGUCCUGACCAAUGUGACGCACAGCACCAGCAGCCAGUCUCAGACAGUGGCCACCUCCCGCAUGGUCCUGCUCACCAGCAAGAGCAGCCGAACUGCCAGCAGGCAGGCGGACCCCCAUGUGAACUUACCAGGCUACGUCCGGAGCAACUCUGAUCAGGAGAGCCUGCCUCCCUGGAUCCAUGGUGACAUGACUGAGAAUGCAGGGACUGGGGUGGAGGACCAAUCACAGAAGGAGAUUAUGAAGCCUGUAGAUGUGAGCUCAAACUCCGCGAGGAGCCAGACUGAAACUGAGGAUGCACUCUGAGGAAAUGGUGUUAGGCUAGGGCUAGAAUUGAAUGAGCCCAUCCAAUUCAUCAUGGCAGCAGCACCAACCCCCUCACUCCACGCCCCCGACCUUGUUGCCUCAAGCCCAAUCUGCUGCCAUUUCAUUCUGUGGCAAAUAUCAUCUCCAAGGGUUUUGAAUCUCCAUUCUCUGAGCCCUGAAGCUAUCAAAGGCAAAAAAAAAAAGAUUUCCUGAUGAGAUGAUUCAUUGAAUUAUUUUGGCAUAAAACUAUCCUCUGUUUAGAGGCAUGGAAGCUUUGGUGCUAAUGCACAUCACUGCUACAUUCCUCUGUAGCCCCAUGGGCCUUAGAAAAUGACUUGAAAUUCAAAGGGAUUAGAAAUACAUCCAGGAUUCGCUUUUGUUCUUCAGUAAAGUUUUUUCUUAUAUUUGACUGUCUUUCAUUUCAAAACUGAGACACUGCCCUUCUCUUUUCCUUCCAUUUUCUCUCUCUGUUUCUCAGUCUGAAUUGCUUUGGCAAAACCUUUGUAUAGUGUGAGUAGCACUGUGUGUAAGUGUGCCAUUAAACAAAGCCUGAAGAAGUCUGGAAAGAGCAAAGAUUUUUGAAGCAAUUAGUAACAUUAGGGAGUUGGAAUGGAACUUCAAAUUAAUGACAAACAGUGAAACUCAGAAAUGGCACAUCAUAUUUUGCUUGUUGUUGCAUGAACCAACCCACAGGACCACAGGUCAACCCUUCACUCCAGUUGAUAUGGGAUCUGCCCCUUUGGGUGGGUGAGAACUUUGGAACUGCCACUCUACAUGAACGUUUCUGAGCAAAGGAUAUUGCCCUGAAAUCCUCUGUGGUACUGAACUCUUUUGUGUUGGAUCUUGUGAAAUGCCAUGUGGGGGACAUUAAAAUCUCAUGUCUAUCAAC